AUGGCAUUGUUGAUAGUAUGCUCUGCAAGCAUGUGCUGUAGUAGUAUCAAUUACAGUCUUGCUUUUACUGACAAUAGAAUAUUUGCAAUAAGCCAUACUGGUUCGUUAAAAGAAAGAAACUGCGGAGAGUUAAAGGCUUGGCCAUGUAGGUCUUUGGUGAACUUGACAAAAAAAAGGAAAAAGCGGAUGGGUUUUUGUGGGUUUGUGAUAAAGAGGUCACAGGAGGUAGUGGUGGCGAAGAAAAAGCCAAAAAUUUCAGUGUCUUCUGAGGAAGUUGUGAGGGUUUUGAAGUCGAUUGCAGACCCAAAAUCUGCUUUUUCAUUCUUUAAGUCCUUUGCUGAGUUGCCUAGUGUUGUUCACACCACUGAAACUUGCAAUUACAUGCUUGAAAUCUUGAGGGUUCAUAGGAGGGUGGAGGAUAUGGCUUAUGUGUUUGAUGUAAUGCAAAAACAGAUCAUAAAGAGGAAUUUGGACACUUACCUUACUAUCUUUAAGGGUCUUGAUAUAAGAGGUGGAAUUCGACAAGCGCCAUCCGCCCUUGAAGAGAUGCGAAAAUCUGGGUUUAUCUUGAAUGCGUAUUCAUACAAUGGGUUGAUCUAUAAUCUUAUUCAGUCUGGCUAUUGUAGGGAGGCUUUGGAGGUUUAUGAAAGAGUGGUGUCAGAAGGGAUUAAGCCUAGCCUGAAGACUUACUCAGCACUUAUGGUGUCAUUGGGAAAGAGAAGGGAUGUUAAAACUGUUAUGGGCUUGCUAAAGGAGAUGGAAAGUUUAGGACUGAGACCUAAUGUUUAUACUUUUACUAUAUGCAUUAGAGCACUUGGGAGGGCUGGGAAAAUUGAUGAGGCAUAUGAAAUUUUCAAGAGAAUGGAUGAGGAGGGAUGUGGCCCCGAUGUUAUCACUUAUACCAUUCUCAUUGAUGCUCUUUGUACUGCAGGUAAACUUGAUAAUGCCAAGGAAUUGUUUGCAAAAAUGAAAUCCAGUGGUCAUAAACCUGACCAAGUAACCUACAUUACUUUGCUGGACAAGUUUAGUGAUGGGAAAGACUUGGAUGCGGUGAAAGAGUUUUGGCAUGAAAUGGAAGCUGAUGGUUAUGCUCCUGAGGUGGUUACUUUCACCAUACUUGUCAAUGCUUUAUGCAAAGCUGGAAAUGUUGAUGAAGCAUUUAGUAUGUUGGAUAUCAUGAGGAAACAAGGGGUCUCGCCAAAUCUUCAUACUUACAACACAUUACUUUGUGGACUUCUGCGGUUAUGCAGGUUGGACGAGGCAUUGAAUCUUUUCAACAGUAUGGAAUGUCUGGGUGUUCCACCUACUGCUUACACAUACAUCCUUUUCAUUGACUACUAUGGAAAGUGUGGCAAAUCUGGCAAAGCUAUUGAGGCCUUUGAGAAGAUGAAAGCUAGAGGCAUUGUUCCUAAUAUUGUUGCUUGUAAUGCAUCUUUGUACAGUCUUGCUGAAGAGGGUAGACUUCAAGAAGCACAACAUGUUUAUAAUGAGCUAAAAUAUAGUGGGCUUUCUCCAGAUUCAGUAACUUACAACAUGAUGAUGAAGUGCUAUAGUAAGGUGGGGCAAAUAGAUGAAGCCAUCAAGUUACUUUCAGAGAUGGAAAGAAAUGGGUGCGAAGCAGACGUAAUUAUUGUUAACUCUUUGAUUGACAUUCUUUACAAGGCUGACCGAGUAGAUGAAGCAUGGCAAAUGUUUUACAGAAUGAAGGAAAUGAAGCUCACUCCAACAGUUGUGACCUACAACACAUUACUUGCUGCACUAGGGAAAGAGGGCCAAGUCCAAAAAGCCAUUGAAAUGUUUGAGAAUAUGACCAAACAAGGGUGUCCUCCAAACACAAUAACUUUCAACACACUCCUGAACUGCCUAUGCAAGAACGAUGAGGUUACUUUAGCAUUGAAAAUGCUUUGCAAAAUGACCACAAUGAAUUGCAGACCUGAUGUUUUGACCUAUAAUACUGUAAUUUAUGGCCUAAUCAGAGAAAGCAGAAUUGAUUAUGCAUUCUGGUUCUUCCAUCAGAUGAAGAAAUCACUAUUUCCUGAUCAUAUAACAGUGUGCACUCUCCUGCCUGGUGUAGUAAAGGACGGGCGCGUUGAGGAUGCUUUAAAAAUUGCUGAGGACUUCAUGUAUCAGGUUGGGGUUAAAGCACCUUUUUGGGAAGAUUUAAUGGGAGGGAUUUUGAUUGAAGCUAAAAUAGACAUAGUCGUUUUAUUUGCUGAAAGGUUAAUCUCUGAUAGGAUUUGCCGGGAUGACUCUGUACUGAUUCCUCUACUUAGGUUUUUGUGUACACGUAGGAAAGCUUUUGAUGCUCACCAUAUAUUUGAGAAAUUUACUAAAACUCUCGGAAUUAAGCCAACACUAGAAGCAUAUAACUGUUUGAUUGAAUGGCUUCUGAAAGACCAUGUCACUGAAAGAGCCUUGGAUCUAUUUAUGGAGAUGAAAAAUUCUGGUUGUGCCCCUGAUGUAUUCACCUACAAUUUGUUACUUGAUGCUUAUGGGAAGUCUGGGAACAUCACUGAACUCUUUGAAUUGUACGAGGAGAUGAAUUGUAGGGGAUGCAAACCUAACACCAUAACCCACAAUAUAGUCAUCUCCAGUCUUGUGAAAUCUGACAGUAUUGAGAGGGCUAUAGAUUUAUAUUAUGAUCUUGUAAGUGGUGAUUUCUCUCCUUCUCCUUGUACAUAUGGCCCUCUCAUAGAUGGACUUUUCAAGUCGGGAAGACUAGAGGAAGCAAUGCAUUUCUUUGAGGAGAUGGCAGACUAUGGAUGCAAGCCUAAUUCUGCUAUUUUUAAUAUUCUCAUAAAUGGUUUUGCAAAAACAGGUGAUGUGGAAGCUGCUUGCGAGUUGUUUAAAAGGAUGACUAGAGAAGGAAUAAGACCAGACCUGAAGUCUUACACCAUUCUUGUGGAUUGCCUGUGCCAGGCAGGGCGAGUGGAUGAUGCUCUGCAAUAUUUUGAGGAGAUAAAACAAAGUGGCCUUGAUCCUGACUCAGUUUCUUACAACCUUAUGAUAAAUGGACUCGGAAGAUCGCGGAGGGUAGAGGAAGCUCUCUCUGUUUAUGAUGAAAUGCGGACUAGAGGAAUUGCUCCUGAUCUUUUCACGUACAAUUCAUUAAUACUCAAUCUUGGACUUGUUGGAAUGGUGGAGCAAGCAGGGAGGAUUUAUGAAGAACUACAGCUUGUAGGUCUUGAACCUGAUGUGUUUACCUACAAUGCCCUCAUUCGACUGUAUAGCACAUCUGGAAAUCCAGAUCAUGCUUAUGCAGUUUACAAGAACAUGAUGGUCGGGGGCUGCAGCCCCAAUGUAGGAACAUUUGCGCAGCUUCCCAAUCAAACUUGA